GCGCGCCGCGCAGCUACCCGCGCACGGAUCGCGCAGAAACUCUCAGCACAAGGACGAGGCGAACCGAACCCCAACCUGCUCCUGUUGGCAGUUGGCGGGUUACAAAAGAAGAACCCCAACCUGCUGUGCUCCGGGUCGGGCACGCCGGCGGCGGCGGCAUGGAGAGAGAGGCGUCGGCUUCGGCUUCGGCGGUGGCGAGGAACAGGAAGGUGGUGCUGCGCGGGUACAUCGACCGCGCGCCGAGGGAGGACGACAUGGAGUUCGUCGACGGCGGCGACGUGGCGCUGCGCGUCCCCGGGGGCGCCGGCGGCCCCGCGGUGCUGGUGAAGAACCUCUACCUCUCCUGCGACCCCUACAUGCGCGGCCGGAUGCGGGACUUCCAGGGAUCCUACAUCCCGCCCUUCAAGCCCGGAUCGCCUAUUGAAGGGUUUGGUGUGGGGAGGGUGAUCGACUCCACUCACCCAGGAUUCAGUGCUGGUGAUUUUGUUUCGGGGAUGACUGGUUGGGAGGACUACAGUCUGAUCACCAAGCCUGAACAGCUCAGGAAGAUUCAGCAAAGUGACAUACCGCUCUCUUAUCAUUUGGGCCUACUUGGCAUGCCUGGUUUUACAGCUUAUGUUGGAUUCUAUGAGAUCUGUUCACCAAAGAAAGGGGAAUUUGUCUUUGUUUCUGCUGCGUCCGGAGCAGUUGGCCAGAUUGUUGGUCAACUUGCAAAGCUCCAUGGCUGCUAUGUUGUGGGAAGUGCUGGAACAGAUCAGAAGGUUGAGCUCCUGAAGGAAAAGUUUGGAUUUGAUGCAGCUUUCAAUUACAAGGAAGAGCCUGAUUUGGCUGCUGCUUUAAAAAGGCACUUUCCUGAAGGUAUUGACAUCUACUUUGAGAACGUUGGUGGACCAAUGCUUGAUGCAGUACUACUCAACAUGAGGAUACACGGACGCAUUGCAGUGUGUGGGAUGGUUUCCCAGCACGGGUUAACUGCUCCUGCUGGGAUCCACAAUCUGUUCUCCCUUGUAAGCAAGAGGAUAGAGAUGAAGGGAUUCAUCCAGAGCGAUUACCUCCACCUGUUCCCACAAUUUGUUGAUGACAUCACCAAACAUUACAGAGAGGGCAAGAUUGCGUAUGUGGAAGAUAUGAGCAUCGGUCUGGAAAGUGGACCUGCUGCCUUUGUUGGUCUGUUCAGUGGUAAAAAUGUUGGCAAGCAGGUUGUGUGCGUGUCACAAGACUGAAACCUGCGUACAUUGGUCAUAAUACCAGAACCUCUGUUCCUUAAAAAAAACAGAACUGUUACAAAAGGUCUUAAUUGACCUCCUCAAUGCAAUACACCAAAGGUUUAAGACUAUGAAACAUAGCAUUAGACCCACCUAGUAACAGCUCCCAAUUGCAGCUGUUAGAGGGUGAUAUCAAGUGUCAUUCUAAUGUUCUUGUAACUGAACUUGUAAUCUCCGUAUAAAGGGUACCAUGAGAUCAGUAAUAAAAUUGCUCCAAUUCACUA